AGAAGCGAGCGUCAGGAGUAGCAUUUAGUAACAGGAGGAGAACAAGUUGCACUCCCUCUCAGUUUCGCGCGGUUGGUAUCAAAAACAACAGACGUAUUUACCCUAUUUCUAUGAAGACAAGUGGUCGGAAUUGAAAAUUUGACAGUAAUUUUUCGUAUAUUUGUGGAUACAUCGUUUUUAAUUUUGGUUGUACGUAUUUUAUGAAGUGUGUUUUAUCUGUGUUUUUUUUGUGAACUGGGAAAUCCGACAAAAUGAAAAAGUGGAGAUUGUUUUCAACGCAUUCGGCUAAAAAGCUUCUGGUUAUUGUUCUGCUUUUUGUAGUUUCUGAUGUAAUAGCUGUCAGACAAGUUUCAGUCAGAAUUCCUACUGCAGUGAAACGUUUCGAUACAGUCACGCUCCAAUGUAAAUACGACCUGGAAAAUGAACCUUUGUACACGUUGAAGUGGUAUAAAGGUUCUAAGGAAUUCUACAGAUAUAUCCCGAAAGAACUUCCCAGUACUCAAGUGUUUCCUCUACCAGGAGUAACUGUUGAUGUACAAAAGAGUACUCCGAAUAACUUGGUUCUGAAAAAUGUACAGUUGGAAGUAACAGGUCGUUAUAAAUGUGAGGUGUCUUCAGACGCUCCUAAUUUUUACACAUUAAUGCAGUCGGGUUACCUGUACGUAGUAGAUGUGCCAGUUGACGAUCCGAUACUUCGAAUAGAUAAAGAGAUUCUGGAUACAGGUUUACGGCUGAAAGGAAAUUGCUCUUCUCCUCCUUCUUAUCCAUCCGCUAAUAUUACAUGGCUGCUAAAUGGAGUAAUUGUUAAUAGUAGCUAUCAACAACGCGUUCAGCCCCACGAUUACAAUAUGAAGGUUACUAGUACCUAUCAGAGUAGAAGAGUUCCAUUGGUGACGAUUUCCGGUAUAGAUCUAGGGGUCGACGAGAACAAUUUUUAUGGUGGAAAAGCCCAACUUUCUUGCAUCGCAAAUGUAUUUCAUUUAUACAGAAAAGAAAAGAGUUUGAUAUUCGAUGAAGAUCGACCUCGACCCAGACCUUCCUCAGUUCUAGGAACAAGGGAUGAAAGUUCAGAAGCAGUACCCGCCAGAGGUCGAUUCAUUCUUUUGGCAAUUUCGAUGAAAUUGAUAUCAGUGAUUCGGUAAUAGAUUAACUGUGAUUUAUGGAAAUACGGUACAACUGAACAGUGUUUUAUAAUAAAUUAAAAGUGUGUAUUUCCAGUGGAAAACGUUGUGAUAUAGACCAAAAUGUAAAUAUUAUUAUAAAUGUUAAACAGUUAAGUGAAGACUUAUUCCGUUCUAUAAAUAUGUCAAAAUGUGAAAACAGUUUCUGUUAGAAUAUUCUAAAUAAUUUUCAUGAUCCCCAACCAAUAUUAUAUAAUACAAUCUUUUUGGACAAUCAAA